GUGCACGACAUAGUGCCUUUGGAGGAUUUUCCGGAAACAAUCGAAACGGAGGAAGAAGACAGCAAUAUUGCAGCAGGCGGCAAAAUCAUGUCAACUGUGUCAGAAAGCGAAACAACAUGUCGGAUCAAACUGCUACGUCCAGAAUUACCACCAGAUUUGCAACCCGAAAGUGCCACUAGCCUUCACUGUGCUGUUAAUGUGAAGGAGAAAGUUGAAAUCAGCGGUUUGUAUUUUUAUCACUUGAAAAAAAAACCAGUAAUGGCGCUCACCGAAAAGCAACUAAUCGUGCUCAUCAAAGUUCCAGAACGAAACAAACCAAAUACUUCCGUUUCCAGGGCGUCUGUGUCCAAAUGA